UUUCCGGAAGUCGAUAAAGGAUGAGGCGCGGAGGUUAUUUGAUGUGGAACUCGGGGUCAUGUUUAAGUGUUUAGUUGCUCAGUUGAUCGUUGUAAGACAUAACUAGUGGUUGACUGACCUGACAGCACGUCAUCCUGAUCCAAAGACCGCCAAAACUACCAACAAGGAAAACUAAACCCAUUGACAGUGCCGGGGAUCAGUUUACGUGUGAAAAAAGGAAAUAUUUAUUGAUGGAUAAUAGUGCGACGGAGUGAAAGGAAAGUAUACAUGGGGAUAAGUAGGAGGAAGUAACAGGCCAGUUCACAUCAAAACAUGGCUGAGGAUCCCUCCGCCGCGGGGGACGUCGAUAGUAGCCCCAAGAAGAUUAAGGUGACGGCGGUGGGAGACAGUGGGGUGGGGAAGACAUGUAUGCUGAUGACGUUCGCCAACGACGAGUUCCCCACGGACGGGCGCAUCCCCUCCCUGUACGAGGGUGGCACAAUCAAAGCCGGUAGAAACGACGCUUAUGAGGUUCCGGUCACUAUAGAGGUGUGUAACACCAACUACACUCUAGGACUGACGGACACUAUAGGCGAGGACGAGUACCGCAGGCUACGGGAGCUGUUCACCAGUGGCACGGAUGUUUUUCUAGUGUGUUUUAGUGUCGCGGAUCCGGAAACUCUGGAGAAUGUUAAACGGAACUGGCUAACGGAAAUACGGAUACUCUCUCCCAAGGCCUCUUAUAUUUUGGUGGGAACCAAAACGGACAUGCGAGAAAAUACAGAGGUGAUAAGCCGACUAAAAGAGACAAACAAGCGACCUAUUUCCUCUCAGGACGGUGUUAAAUUCGCCAAUGCUAACGGUGCAAAGUCUUAUGUAGAGUGCUCCGCUAUGAAUAAAGACGGAUUGAAAGACGUGUUCGAACAAUGUGUAAUGGCAGCAACCAAUCAACAACCGGCCAAGGUCAAGGACAAAUAUAAAGAGAAACACAGUGUUGGGCAGUGUGCUGUGUCCUAACCAAUCAAUGACCUUGACCUGUGUGUUGAAAUACGGCGUGUUUGCAGCAACCAAAAUGUUCAGCUGUUUUAGAAGAAUAUUCUGAUCUGAAGAAUCCGGCAAUUGUUUGAUGACGAGAAAAUGAACGAAGUGUGAACAUAUCACCCUACACGAUUUUAUAAAAAUAAGCAUUAAGAACGGUAUGUUCUUUGUAUUGUUGAUUUUACAAUCGUUGUUUACUGAAUUUUAUUUUCUCAAAAUAAAUUAUGUACAAUAUAGUCGUGUACUUAAUUUAAUUUGAGUUAACAACUCUACAUUUUGUAUAUCAUGUCACUUAUGUUUGAUUCAUGUUACUAGUAUAUUUAUCAUUGUUUUUCACUGAAUUCGUUAGCCAUUUUAAACUCAAAGAUAUUGACCUUUUUAGGUCACAUGAGUCACUCAGGUGAUCUACAGUAUCGCAGUUGGUCUUCUUCCGUCGAUGUGUGUUUGUGCGGAAUUUAAACUGUAAAAUUUAUAACCUCACCACGCCCGGGUUUACAUGGCGGGACCAAAUAUGCAAAAAAUGCCAAUUUUUUAAAAAGACCUUCUCUAUUCCCACACAUGUGAAGAAAAACUGAAUGCAUGAUUAUAAUGUCUAUGAAGCACACCCCCCCUCCCCCCUAUUUUCAUGAAUAAAUGUUUUUAAACAUCAAAUAAUAGAAUUGGAAGUAACUGUCAGAGGAUCUGAGAUUUGGGUAAGGGUGUAAAUUUCGAAAUGAAGCUUAAAAGGCAAACAUGAAACUCUGUGGUAUGUCAAUCUAAGGGCUUUGGUACUCAGGUGACCAUCAAGGCCCGUGGGCCUCUUGUUCUAGUUUUAUGCACUCAAGGUCGAGUAUUGAUUGUUUCUAUAUCUGCUUUUAUUGUAGCAACAUCUGCAUAAAAUAUUGUACCAUCCAGUAAAUUUGCACAAAAUAAUAUAAAUACAAUAUGCAUAUUUGCAUGAAUUCUCAUUCAACAUGCACCAUAAUUGCAUGGUUCUAUAGAAGAAUUACUUAUGUAAUAUUGCUUCUACUGAAAUAAAUAAUUUAAUGAAAUAAAGAUAUAAA